UUGAGAGAAGGAGAAAAGUAAAGUGUGUUUGGUUCGAAACGUAAGCUUGUACGCCACUUUGAACACAGUUCUAUUGUUGCUUGCAAGCAAUAGAAAUAGAUGGGGUGAGCAAAGAAAAGCGCAUCAUCGUAUUCUAUACUACAUAGUAUACAUAAUACAAGAACAUGCUUUCUUUCUUGGGUUUUCCUUCAUCGGCGGAUAUGUCUGACGUGUCACGGCGCAAAGCAUCGACGACCAGAAUUCACAUAAUGGCCCUAGACGGCAUCGUGAACGUGAACUCGCUCUUCACCUUAGCCCUCUUCCUCGGCAUCACCACCACCAGCACCACCAACACGCUCAUCGGCGACGACGCUGCCUGCGCCGCCGCCACCUCCAUCUCGGAGGGCCUCAUCGCCUACCACGUCUACUCCUUCAGCUCCUUCCUCUUCUCCAGCCUCAUCGCCUUGGCCCUCAAAAACGUCAUCAACAUCAGCAAGGACGUCGACGACGACGGCCUCGUUCUGGGAAACGACAGCGCCAGCAUCAACACGUGGUUCCACAGUGUCGCCAAAAUUAACACGGUCGUUUUGAGGUUGGGGACUCUGGUUUCGGCCUUUGGGUCGGUUUUCGGGUGCGGCUUCUUGGUGAUGGCUCUUGUGGAUUUGGUUCAGAUCAAGUUGGGAACUUUGGCUUGUGGGAGUCCUCAUACUUACGCUGCCGUGGCUCCAUUGCUUGUUCUCGUUCCCACUGCGUUGCUUAUCUAUGUUUUUCUUGUACUCUAUGCCUUUACUCGUUAAUAUCAAUUUUCCAUGCCUCUAAGUGGAUCAUGUUAAUCAGUUAAGGAAUCAAGGAUCCAUGUAGGAGGAAGCUUCAUCAGGAUGUAUUUGCCUGCAAAUUCUAUCAUUCAAAUUUUGUUGUGUAUAUCAAAUAUCAAAUAUUAUUAUGACAUCUUCUUGCA